AUGUUUAACAAUAGUCCAGCAGGACCAUCCGGGGAAAGAGAACCCUUACUGAGUGGGAAAAAACUGUAUCCAGCUUUCGGGCCGGAAGGAACAAAAUUAGAUGCUGCGUUCAAGGACAUUCCGUUGCCGCAGGAGCCAGAAGCAUCACAUCGUAAUCCGUACCUGGAAUGGUUAUCACGAGUCUUUAUCAUCCCGCAGCGGGUGAUAUUGGCGAUCAUGGGCUUUCUGGCCAUUAUGAAUGCGUACACGAUGCGCAUCUCCCUAUCGAUCGCCAUCACGGAGAUGGUGAACAAGACGGGCGGUGCAUCCGAGGACGAGGCCGGCGUCUGCCCGAUCGAUGACAGUGCCAACCCGGACGAUUACACUGGCGGCGAGUUCGAUUGGGACGAGGAGCUGCAGGGCAUCAUUCUGUCCUCGUUCUACUGGGGGUACGUCAUCACCCACAUUCCCGGUGGCAUACUGGCGGAAAAGUUCGGUGGCAAAUGGACGCUCAGUUUGGGCAUUUUGUCGACCGCUUUCUUUACGCUCAUCACACCGUGGGCGGUGGAACUCGGUGGCUCGACGGCCCUGAUCGUGAUCCGUGUAAUGAUGGGACUGGGCGAAGGUACAACGUUCCCGGCGCUGAGCGCACUGAUGGCCACCUGGAUCCCGGCAAAGGAGCGCAGUAAGCUGGGCUCGCUGGUGUUCGGCGGUGGCCAGGUCGGUACGAUUCUUGGCAACCUGCUGUCCGGCGUGUUGCUGCACAACAUUGAGGGCUGGUCGUCGGUGUUUUACUUCUUCGGCGGUAUGGGUGUUUUAUGGUUUGUGAUCUUCACACUGCUCUGCUACAGCGACCCAGAAUCACAUCCGUUUAUCAGCGAGAAGGAAAAGGCCUACCUGAAACAGGAGCUCGGAACGUUGGAGCGCGAUCGCACGUUGCCACCGACACCGUGGCGCUUUAUCCUCACGAGCGUCCCAAUGAUGGCGCUCGUUUGCGCCCAGAUUGGUCACGACUGGGGCUUCUUCAUCAUGGUUACCGAUCUGCCCAAGUACAUGAGCGAUGUGCUGCGGUUUUCCAUCAAAGACAAUGGACUGUACUCCUCCCUGCCGUAUUUGGUCAUGUGGAUUGUCUCACUGUCGACCGGUGUUCUGAGCGAUUGGCUUAUUACGUCUGGACGCAUGACUAUCACGUUCGGGCGCAAGCUGUUCACUACCAUUGCCUCCAUUGGGCCGGCCUGUUUCAUCGUUGGCGCAUCGUACGCCGGGUGCGAGAAGGCUGUGGUUGUUAUGCUGUUUACCUUCGCCAUGGGUCUCAUGGGUACGUUCUACCCCGGCAUGAAGGUUAACCCGCUCGAUCUGAGUCCGAACUAUGCCGGCACGCUGAUGGCCAUCACGAACGGUAUCGGUGCCAUUACCGGUAUCAUCGCUCCGUACGUCGUCGGUGUGAUGACACCCAAUCACACCCUGGAUGAAUGGCGAAUUGUGUUCUGGAUCUCGUUUGCCAUCUUCAACGUCACCAAUCUGGUCUACGUCAUCUGGGCGUCGGGUGAGGUGCAGCCCUGGAACACGCCCCAUCUGAUGAACAAAUCGGUCGAGGCAGGCGAGUCCAACGAUGAAUCGGCCAUGGCAAAGAAAAGCGUACAAUCUCAAGAUGCCAUAAAGCAGUAA